AUGAGUAUAUUUCAUAAGGCAGUGGAAUUUUACAAAGGCCACCGGAACAUUCUGGGUUACAGCUCCGUGUCCCUGCUGACGACUGCCAUCGAGCACAUCUUCUCAUCUGUGGUGUUCAAGUGCCCCUGCAAUUCUGAUUCUGAAAACAUGCUCUAUGGUCUUUCCUUCCUCUUAGGACCUGCCUUCGUCCUCUUGCUGCUUGGCUACAUGGCAAAGACCAGGACAUGGCUUCUGUUGACAGGCAAGUGCUCUCAGGAGAAGCAUCUCCAAUGCAGUUCUGGGAAAACCUGUGCCCGCUUGCGCCAGCUGUGGGAGGUGACAGCCAAAGCCUCUGUGGCCCCGCUCACCUGGAUAGCAGUGGCACUGCUCGGAACUGACUAUUAAACGUGCGCAGCCGGCGGGAGCAGGCUGGCAGCACACUUCGUCUGUAGAGAUAAUAUAACUGACUGCCAAAACCAGCUGCACAAAACACCUUGUGACAAGGCAUUAUCAGCAAAGACACCAAGUGAACUGCGGAGCCUUCAGGCACACUCCCAGCUGCUUGGAUGGCUCCUGAUAGCCAUCAUCAUGGCUGUGGCACUGAUUUCAACAUGCUUCAACCACUGCAGCUCCUCAGUCAGCUAUCUCCAGCUCAAGUUCUGGAAAAUUUACUCAAAAGCAGAACAUGAAGAGUUUGAGAUCAAAGCCAAAGAGCAUGCAACCGAGCUAGCAAAAAGAAAUACCAAUUGCUUUUUUGGAGCCACUGACCCUGUACCAUUUCAUACUCCCAGCAGCAAAGACUGGCAGAAGAUCUCAUCCUUGUAUACCUUUAAUUCACAAGAGCAGUAUUACAGCAUGAUACACAAGUAUGUGAGCACCAACAGAGGCAACAGCACCAAAUUCAAGGAAGAAGGUCAGAAGCACAUUGUUUCACCAUUUGUAGAGGAAGCCCAAGCAGAGCUCUAA